UACAACCUGAACUUCUACCUGGGCUACAUGGCGAGCUGGCCAGAGUAUUUCGUGGCGGCUCAAGGACCAGGGGGCCGAAUCAUGGGCUACAUCAUGGGCAAGGUGGAGGGUGAGGGCGAACUGUGGCAUGGGCACGUGACGGCACUGACUGUGGCACCGGAGUAUCGGCGGCAACAGCUGGCAGCCAAGCUGAUGGACAUUCUUGAGGAGAUCACCCACAAGACUUAUGAUGGGUACUUCGUAGAUCUCUUCGUCCGGACGUCCAAUAAGGCUGCUAUCCAAAUGUACCGUAAAUUUGGGUACGAGGUGUAUCGUCGCGUGCUCAUGUAUUAUUCCGGGGAGGAAGAUGCCUUUGAUAUGCGUAAAUCUAUGCCAAGAGACAAGGAAAAGAAGUCGAUGGUUCCACUUGACAGACCUGUCUCUCCGCAGGAGCUUUUGUUUGAUUAG